AUGUCUGAAAAACACCAGUCAGACCAUGUCGAGGCCGGUUGGUCUCCCGUCGAGACCGAACCUCAAGCGAGCGCAAAUGUGCCUGCUGGCCACGUUCCCAUGACAAAUGAGGAGAAGGCUUUGAGCCGGGCGUUGAACCGAAAAUUCGACAUCGCCCUCUUGCCUUUUCUGUCGUUGCUGUAUCUCUUCAACGGCCUGGAUCGGGGCAACGUGGGAAAUGCCGAGACACAAGGCUUCACCAAGGACAUUGGAGCUCAGCCAGACGAUCUCAACCUGGCCGUGAGCUUGUUCUUCAUCACUUUUGUGCUGUUUCAGCCUCCCUCCGCUGCAGUCGGAAGAUACCUUGGCGCGAAGAACUGGGUGCCUGUCAUCAUGGUUUGCUGGGGCAUCCUCACCAUCUGCCAGGCUUUUAUCAAAGGACGAGGCACGCUGAUUGGUACGCGACUACUCAUUGGCCUUUUCGAAGCAGGAUUCUAUCCUUGCUGUGUUUUCUACUUGUCAACUUUCUAUACGCGCUUCGACCUCGCUGUACGCAUUGGCCUCUUUUACGGACAAUAUGCCGUCGCCGGUGCAUUCUCUGGCUGCAUUGCGUAUGGGAUUUUCCACAUCAAGACCGGUUCGCUCAAAAACUGGCAAUACCUCUUCAUCAUCGAAGGGGGCGCCACGUGCCUGAUCGCCAUCAUUGCGUGGUUCUGGCUGCCCCUCGGCCCCGGUAGUGCGUGGUUUCUGAAAGAGAAGGAUCGCGCGUACGCGGCGGAGCGUAUCCGUCUGGAUAACGCGAUGUACGCGCAGCACACCUAUGGCGACAGCGGGGUCGAGAAGGAGAGGUUGACGCGGCGGGAUGUGAUUGAGACAGCAUAUGAUUGGAAAUUGUGGUUCGUGUUAUUCUUCAACAUUCUGGCCAGCGUCCCCGGUCAAGCAUUCUCGGUGUUUCUCCCUCUGGUGGUUGCCGGGCUGGGAUAUUCCUCCAUCGAGGCGAACUUGAUGUCGGUGCCGCCAUAUAUCUGUGGAGCAGUUGGGCUGUACAUCUUCGCCGUCAGCUCCGAUCGAGCGAAGGAACGGGGCUAUCACAUCUUUGUCGGGCUCCUGAUCACCCUCAUCGGGCUGAUCAUCACGGUAACCGUCCAGGGCCACGGCGGGAAGUACGCUGGCUUGUGCAUCUUGCUGUUUGGCAGCUACAUCUCUGCGCCCCUGACCGUGGCCUGGUUGAGCGGGAACACUCCUGAACCCGGCAAGAGAGCCCUCGUGCUGGGCGUGAACGGGUUUGGGAACCUGUCGGGGGUCAUCGGCUCACAGCUCUUCCGGGCAUCAUACGCGCCCAAGUACUUGGUACCAUUUUAUGUGACACUGGCAUUCAUCGCCGUUGCGCUGGCCGGAUACCUUGCCUACCGUUUCACAUUGGCGGCGGUGAACAAGCGACGGCAGGCCAAACUGGCGGCCAUGAGCCCCGAAGAGAUCGAAGACGAGAAAGUCAACCCUCGGCGAUAUGCGGACAAGAAGUACACGUUCAUUUACGGCCUGUAACGCCGUCUCCUCGUGGGCAGGG